AUGGCGGUCGCGGCUGCUAGUGGGAGGGCGGUGGUGCUGUCACAGCCGGUGACAUUCGUGACUGGUAACGCUAAGAAGCUCGAGGAAGUUCGAACAAUCCUUGGUAACUCAAUCCCCUUUCGCUCCGUCAAGCUCGAUCUGCCAGAGUUACAAGGCGAGCCCGAGGAGAUUUCGAAAGAGAAGGCUCGUCUAGCUGCGAAGGAGGUAAAUGGGCCUGUGCUGGUGGAGGAUACUUGUCUUUGUUUCAAUGCCCUCAAGGGUCUGCCAGGUACUCACUACAAGUGGUUUCUGCAGAAGAUAGGUCACCAAGGUCUGAACAAUUUAUUGAUGGCGUAUGAGGAUAAGUCGGCGUACGCUCUCUGUGUUUUCUCGCUUGCUCUUGGGCCAAAUGCAGAUCCAAUUACAUUUCUGGGUAAAACCCCGGGAAAGAUAGUAGCACCGAGGGGACCAAAUGAUUUUGGAUGGGAUCCUAUUUUCCAACCUGACGGAUAUGAGCUGACUUACGCUGAGAUGCCCAAGGAAGAGAAGAACAAGAUUUCACACCGUUAUAGGGCCCUUGCGCAGGUCAAGUCGCACUUAGCUGAGUCCAAAUAUGGUUUCCAGACGGGACCCUAA